CUGGGCAUGCCUGCCAGGAGCCUUCAGGAAGAUGCUCUCUCCCAUUUUCCAAGGCACUGCAUCACCUUCCAGGCUGACCCGAGUCGCUGCCAGUAUUUAGAGAGGCACGGAGAUGCGUCAAAGCUCGCUGGCAGAGGUUUAGCGUGUCCCCGUGGAGGGGGACACACGGACACGGACACGCGGACACGGACACGCGCGCUGCGUGCGCGCCGCCCGCCGAGUACGACAGGGACCCACGGGCUGGAGGAGGCAAAGCUGCAGUCAGGGCAGGAGAAGUGAGGAGGGGAAGAGGCGGGAGCAGAGGGAGACGGAGGAGCGGAGAGGACAGAGGGAGAAACAGGCACCGAGACUCUUCAGAGAUGGGUGAGUUAUAACUAAGAGAGCAGGAGGAAAGGAAGAGAAGGAGAGCCGUGGGGAGGGGGAAAGGGAAAGGAGAGAAGAGACUGAGUCAGCUUCCAGAGGGCAAACACCAGGAGACGAGUUCAGGGAACACCCCAGCAUACCAAGAAGGACCUGCUCCGUCUGAAUCUUCACCAUGAGCACAAGGAAGAGCUGCCCCCUGCCACUGGGGCAAGGAGACCAGGAGGAAAAGCAGAGCGAGAGAACUCCUGACCUGGAACGACAUGAGCGUGAGAUGGAGCUGAGGAACAAAGCUAUUCUGCAACAAAAGAGGCGCCUCAAACAGGCCACACAGUUUGUGCACAAGGACUCUGCUGAUCUGCUGCCCCUGGAUGGCUUGACAAGACUCGGCACCUCCAAGGAUCUGCAGCCUCACAGUGUGGUCCAGCGGCGCCUCUUGGAAGGCAACCUGAACAAGCUGCGGGGCGAGGCCAGGGGUCAGUCUGCACGGGUUCAAUCUCCACUGGCAAAAGACCAGGAUGAAAAGAUUGAAAAGGGAGAGGACAGAAGAAAAGAGACUUCACUCCUGCUAAUACAGUGCCAGUGUCAAGGUCAGCUAUUGAAAGCGACUGUUAACACUGGAUGUCUACCAAACCUCAUCUCCAAAAGGUGUUUCAACCAGCUGGGGCUGGAAGAAGUGUCUGCCAUGGACUGUGGAGACCUCUCUCCUCCCAUCCCCAGCGUUGUUGGCCGAGUAGAACAUAUGGAAUUGCAAUUUGGCCAGGAGACAGUGCUGUGUUCAGCACUGGUUGUAGAUGAUGAAAUGCUGGAGUUUUGCAUUGGCCUCCAGACUCUGUUGUCUCUCAAGUGUUGCAUCGACUUGGAGGAAGGAGUCCUGAGAUUUAAAACACUGAGUCAGGAGCUGCCUUUUCUACAUGCCUCUGAAGAGCCUGGUCAGUGACUGGCUGCAUUCCCCAUGUCUGGAGACUUGCUGCCACGAGAGAGAGAUGAGGGUGAGGCUCCCAUGCCCCUAACCUUACUGAGUUCUAGGCUGAGGUAUUCAACGGGGAUUGAGAAAAAGGCAAGUGGGUGCUGGAAGCUGACACUGGGAGUGCCUCAACUUGAGUUAUCCCUCCUUUCAGUGGACCCUCUUGCUAGUCCUGAUGUGCCGAGUGGGCAUUUUCUUCUUGUUCUGCUAUUUGGCUCUAGUCUCUCCAAUUUCUGGUUCUGUAAUAAAUUUAUGCUACCCCUUUAAUGACUUUACAAUACACCCUGUUCACAAGAGAGUCUUUGUGAACAAUCUCCAGUUGUUCUAUUGGCAGGAGAACAGCGUUUCCUCCAAAGACCUCCAAAGAUUACCACAAAUGUUUCUCUUCUCAUUGCCUCAAUGCCAGCGUACACCAGUCCUGUUUCUUUGUUGGAAGGGUUCUGUUCCCUUUGCCUAUACUCUGGGAAGUUGGAUUUUGCUGCUUUUUUCUGGCUCAGAGCAGAACAGAAGUAUUUUCUUAGGAAAACUUUGUGGCAAAAACAGUUUUAGAGUUCUCAGUUCUCAGAAUCUUUUGCAGAUAUGUUGAGUGCAGAUGCCUAAAGCACUGACAGGGGCUUGGGCUUUGCCACUACAUCCCUGGGCACUAAACUAUAUUGUAUGAAUGGCAGUGCUUACCAUCUCUUGGUGUUAUACCCUAUAACCAGACUUGCACACCCUGUUCUUCUGGUCAGGCAACUCCUUUCUGCACUCCAGCUGCUAAAGCUGCACCCCUCUUCCCUCUGCUGCUUCAUCAGAGAUCCUGCCACUUAGUUUAAAUGCCACAAUGAAUUACAGCACUGAGUCUUCUGCUCUGUCAUCUCCUUUCUUUCAACUUGAAAUCCAGUGAUUAAACACACACACAUCAUCAGUCUCGAGUCCUGGCAUCACACAGCCCAUCAACUUUGCUUCUCUUGCACAAAAUGAGAACUUGUAGUAUCAGCUCAAGUUAGAAAACGGCGAACUUAUCUGGAAUGUUAAAAGUGAUUUAACACAUUAACAAUUGGGUUUAUUUAAUUUCUUUUUUUUUUUUUUUUCAAUUUCCAUCCUAAAGCAUAGCUGUAUUAAAAAUACAUAAUCUAUUCUUAAAUAGCUCUAGGAAAAAUGCACUAGGUCAGGGCAUGUUCUAUGCCUAAUGGCUACUGAUUCGCUAUCCAAACUGCAAAACGUACCUUUAUCUACCCUUAAAAUGGUAAUUUUUGGGUACCCCAAAAUGACAACCCCAUUUUGCCUAUUUUCCUGGAUUAAACACCACUGACUUGCCUCCUUUUUUAUCAAGGUGGUCAUUGUCCCUGUUGUGCUUCUCAAAAAACAUGUGUAUGCAUUUUUUCCUUUUAUUUCUUCAUUAAUUCUUUUCUCUACAGCUGUAUGCUGUAGUUUAACACAUGCUAAGGACAUCAGAGUAAAGCCUGGGUGAUAUGAUUUGGGACUCAUUUACCAGAGAUAGUUGGCAUGACUGGCAUCUGUUGCUCCUACAAGGAGCAUCAGAUUUUUACUGUUAGUCAUCAUAUCUUGCAGCUUCUGAUAUGUUCCUUGACUUCUUUACCACUCUUCUACUUGUGCAUCUAUUUCUGGCUGCAUGAACUGCUUUCCAUGAAUCUCUCAAGUGACACCAACGGUUCUCUCAUUUAGUCAGGAAAACAUGCCUACUCAAUGAGCCUGUCUUCCAAAGUAGCAGUAACUCCUCCUGGAUUUGUAUCACUUGCAUGCCUGACUGGCUUCUCAAACCCAGGGCUCUAGACAGCUCAUGCUUGUACUAAACCAUCUUGUAUUCUAGCUGCACUCUAUGUGGUACCUAUGUGCUGACAAAAUCUUGCUUGUGAUAGACAAAACACCUGUUUCUAUAUGCAUCAACUCAUCCAGUUUCCAACUCUCAUUGUCCUCUGAAAGCGGAAUGUAGAAUAAGGGCAAAUAAUCUAUACAUACAGAUACCAUAUCCAUUACAAUCUUAUUACUCAUUAACUUCUAUGAUCCAUUAAAAGAAAACCCUAAACCACAACCCAAAAGCUGACUUUAGCCCUAACCCAAAGAAUAAAGCCCAACGAUAACCCUAAAUCUAAGAUGUAGGGCACUACAUCCUAAUCCUAAAUUUAACCCCUAAAACACUCUAAAACUUAGUGUUAAUUCUAUCACCUAAAUCAAAUCACCAUCCCCUAACUAUAAAACUUAACAUUAAACAUAACCCCCUAAAUUUGACACUGUAACCCCAACAUUUACCACCUGACUUUAAACUCAAACCAGGAACCUAAUCAUAAAUACAUUAACUAAUCUCAAAACCUAACCAUAAUCCCCAACCCUAAACACUAAGUUAACCCCAGCCCCUAAGCCUAAACUCCAAGGCCUAAACCUAACCCCUAACUCUAAACCCCAAACCAUAUACCAAAACCUAACCCCUAACCCCAACUCUAACACAACCUACACCUAACCACAACCACCAAACCCUAUCUGACGGCUUUGGUCAUUUCCCACAAGGGGCCCUGUUUCCCUCUAGAGUGCCCUGGGGCUUUUGCUGAGUAUUGUUUUGCCCUGCAAGGGGCCCUGCUGCCUUUCAGUGUCCCAGGGCUUUUGCUGGGCUUUGCUGGUGCCCACAAGUGCAUGGGAAGGGGAGGGCCACCAACACCUGUAAGUCCUGGCCACUUCCUUGUGAGAGCAAUGCCUGGUGUCAGUUUUGCAGCUGGGCCCUAGCUACGGCAAGGGUGUAGGUGAGGAGCCUUCAGACUGAAGCCAACAGGAAUCUUUCCAAUGAUUUAACAAGUGUUGGAUAGGAUCCAACUAGAUAGAAAACUGCCAUGACUUUGAGUUGACAAUUCUGUUUUGACUACUGCCUGUCACUUGCAGCCCUGCAAAUACCUGCAGACUAGCUGCUGCUGGAAUUCACCAGGUGCUGUUCCUACAUGUCUGUCUUGAAAUAACUGCUUUUGCCCACAUUCACAACAUCCCCCAGCCUUUCUGAAACCUUUCUGUGGUUCACAUGCCUCAUAUCCUAACCACUAGCAGUCUGGGCUCCUCUGUGAAUCAAUGUGCUACAGCUGGUGAAAAUCUCCAGCCCUAUCUAUUCCUCUCUUCUCUGCUUAAUGACUCCUUUGCAUCUUCCUUUCCUUCUGCUCACUCUGGUGAGUGUAAAAUUUCCUUCAAAAAGGAAAGUUUUUAGAGAAUCCUUUUAACACUUGCCUUGUACCCUGAUUGCUAAUGCACAUUGUGCCACAAUCUUGCCAGCCUUUCUUCUUUAUUGUAAACAACUGCAUGUAUAAAUUGUCAGUCACAGAGAGGAUGUUUCCAAGAAAGCAUUAAAUUAAUGUGAGUUCUUUUCUCAACUCUGAAAUCAGCUUCAGGGCAGAAGACACGCCCUUCACCUUCCUCCUCUCCAUGUCAGUUGAACACACAGAUCCACUCAGUAGAAGUCUAUUUUGUCCAGACAUUGAGGAACCUGUUGCCAACAGUUAUCUUUAAACCUCCCCAUCAAUCUUUGUUGCAGGCAGAGCUUCCAGAAAAAAAGCCCAUUUAUAUGACUGAGAGCUGCGGGUCACAAUGCCACGGCAGACACCUCACUUCACUAAAUCACAGUUGCCUAAUCCUACAGGGGCAGUAGGUGCUUUCCUCACCAACACAGCUCCUGGUGGGUUUUCAUCUCCCCGAGUUACUUGGCAUAAAAUGACACGCUGUUAUUGCACUAGACACGUGUAUUCUGAAUUCUAGCCCAAAGAUAAUUUUCUUUCUCCAAAGCAUUUUUGUGUCAUUACCUCUGAAGCACAGCCUCCAUUGUGAAAGAAAGAAGUCUUGGCUUUAAAAUGUGAUUGUAAAAUAGAACUUACAACAUCUCAAAGAAGCCAAUCCAACCCUCAUUUACAAACAUGGUAAUGUUUAAGUCUUCCAACACUGGGGAGCACAGUAAGUAAUUUUUGAAUGGGCUGGCAAGCCUAAAGAUUGUCUUAAUUGUAGUUUCUCUUGGAAAAGCCUAUUUUACAGAUACACUUUCCUUUCAAUUCCAGUCAUCUCUAUUGCUUUUGGGGGAUAAAGAGAACUAAGUAAUUAUCUAAAGGUCUUUUUCACUGCAGAUCAAAGAAUGCUAACACUUUCAUAGAGAAAGCAGUACAAACUAACAGCUCAGAGCAGGACAUAGGCGGAUCCUGUACGUGUCCAACACUGGCUUCCUCAUGAUGAGGCCUGUCCCUUCAUUAUAAGAAAUUUAAUGUUCUUAUUUUAGGGAUAAUCUCUCUGACCUUGGUGGUCAGUUCCUAUCAGGGCUGCUUUCUGAUAGAGUGGGUACAGCAGUUGUGGAAAAGUCUGCAGGGAAAUAACUGCCAUGGCAAAUCUCUGGAACAGUGUGCAAUACACCCAGGGGCGGGGCGAAGGACUUCUGUCCUUCCUGAGAACAUGCACUCUGCCAAAGCCAUAAUCAGAACCACUUCCAGAAGCUUGGGGUCACUUGGUUUUGAACGGUGUGGGAACUGCAGCCAUCCAUAUUCCCAGAGGAUUGGUCCUUCUUUCACUAGCAGCAGGUGAACUAUGGCAUUGAAGACCAUUGAGCCACACACCUGUGUUUGCAUUCAAUCCUCCUCUCAAGAGACUCCACUGGCACAUGCCAGGAUACACCUGAAGAGUUACAGAAAUAAUUAAAUUAUGGCAGAAAGAUCAUAAAAACGAGGGCAGGGAUGGACAGGAUGGUUUAUUAUGUCUCAGGAAAAUAAGGCAACCCUCUCCCUUCAUUUUUUUGCUAGUAAAUUGAGCAUCAGAACCAAAGCCAUGAAUCAUUUUCUGCAAAUGCCCCCAGUGCCUGCAAAUACUGUCAGACUCCUCACUUGCUGUGUGCUGGCGCUGGGACAUAAAAGGGUGUCCUGCAAAUGCUGCCCUGUUGAAAAGUUUCCCAGCACCAGCAGGUUAUGCCAAUCUGCUAGAGUAGAAUACAGCAAGAAGUUUCUGCUGCGUGGGAAGUAAUCACUUCCAAUUCCAACUCUGUGGCUUGUGCUGGCUGGCAAAGACAAACAGACAAUUAGUUACAAAGAAAGUAUAAUGUAGCUCCAUCACUCCGCCUUAAGUGGCUCCUUUCCUGAGAAGAUGGGCACUUUACAGAAAAACUGUUGCCAGUGGAAGUAGCUUGAGUAACAGAGUUCAAGAAAGAUUUGGCACUUAGGAGUUCAAGGCAGGAAAAAGUAAGGAAAGCCAUCUUUUGGCCAAGGAACAGUACAGAUGUUCAGUUAAUUCUUCUUUAGACACUUUUCUCUUUGUGCACAAGGAGCACAGGAGCAAAAUGGAUCUGCAAGUUAUUAUGUGCUGCACGCAGUAUAAAACUGUCAGGGGAAGCCCUCAAAUGUUAGUAUUUUUCCUUUCCAAUGGUUUUUAAGAGCUGAAAAAUUUUGGGGAACAGAUGUUUUUGUAGUGUCUGUAUUUUCUCAAUGCUACUUUUCAUAGUGUGCAUUGCCUGGGCUUGCAUAGCACGGAGCAAUGUUAUCCCUCAGGCCAGCAAAAGAGGGUUGGGGUACACAAAUGGCGCUGCCCAACAUUUGCAAUGUUUUUGCCCUAUUUUCUUUGAAAGAUAGUUCUUAGAAAAAUGUCAUCUCUCCCUCAGUAACCCCUUCCCAUUCUUUCUGACCAAUUAAUAGUCCAACAGUGGACCAGACUGACCUUUCUUUCUUGGAAAUCAUUCAACCUGUACAGCAAAGUUUGUUUUGCAUAAAAGAGUUCCAGCCAUAUGCACCCAUUUGUACACCCCCUGUGCUUGUGUUGCUAAUAAAGGUUUAUAUUUGGUGUUGCUAAUAAAGGUUUGUAUUUGGCAUGGA